UUCGACUCGGUUUUAGAGGCGGUGCCAUCGCCAAGCGGUAGGAUCUGUGUGACAGUGCAGGGUACAGUUUUAGGUUGAGGGGCAGCGAGAGGAAAGAAUUUCUCCCGAUCCCGCUAUAUAGGUACUCGCCACUAUUCCAUCGUAACAAACAUCAGCUUAAUUCAAACUGAUAUCAUUUCUACACCGCGCUGGGAAUUCGCGAAGGUUGCUACAGUGAAGAAUAUUUACCACUCGCCUGCAGGACUUAAUCAGACUACAACGUUACUGUUAGUCGAACUUUCCCCUUUUUAUUUUGGAUUGUCUUGCAGUUUGGUUUUUUUUUUCCUCCCCGUUUUUAAUUCCAACCGGCUGACAUCUACAUGAUUUUGUAAUCUGCGGGUGUCUUAGUCCCUUUUUCCAAAAUUAAGAGCGUUUUGCCGAAAAGUUUUAUUUUCAUUUCUGUUUUUUUGGGGGGGGAGCGUUACAGUUUUUCACGAUGAACAAGCUAUAUAUUGGAAAUCUCAAUGAAAACGUGACCGCAGAGGACUUGGUUAAAACCUUUGAAGAUUACAAGAUCCCUUACUCUGGACAGUUUCUCAUGAAAACUGGCUAUGCGUUUGUUGAUUGCCCAGACGACCAAUGGGCAAUGAAAGCGAUUGAAACAUUUUCUGGUAAAGUGGAACUUCACGGCAAACGAAUUGAGGUCGAACAUUCUGUCCCUAAGAAGCAGAGGACCAGAAAACUCCAGAUCAGAAACAUUCCACCACACCUACAGUGGGAGGUUCUUGAUGGUCUGCUUGCUCAGUAUGGAACUGUUGAGAACUGCGAGCAAGUGAAUACAGACAGUGAGACUGCAGUUGUGAAUGUCACAUAUGGGACACGGGAGCAGGCUAGACAAGCAAUCCAGAAGCUCAAUGGUUACCAGUUUGAGAACAACGCCCUGCGUGUGUCAUACAUCCCUGACGAAAACUCUGACGUCGACUCUCAACGAGGCCCAGACAACGGCAGACGUCCCGGAUACGGUCCACGAGGAAACUCCCGUCAGAUGUCGCCUGGCUCUGGGAUCCCCACCAAACAUCAGCACGCUGACAUCCCUCUCAGGCUGCUGGUCCCCACACAAUAUGUGGGUGCCAUUAUCGGCAAGGAGGGCGCCACCAUCCGUAACAUCACCAAGCAAACUCAGAGCAAGAUUGAUGUGCAUCGUAAAGAGAACGCAGGUGCCGCUGAAAAGCCCAUAAGUAUCCAUUCUACCCCAGAGGGCUGUUCAGCUGCCUGCCGCAUGAUCCUGGAAAUCAUGAACCAGGAGGCCAAGGACACCAAAACUGCUGAUGAGGUGCCUCUGAAGGUUCUUGCUCACAACAACUUUGUUGGCCGUUUGAUUGGCAAAGAGGGACGCAACCUGAAGAAAGUGGAACAAGACACUGAUACCAAGAUCACAAUUUCACCACUGCAGGAUCUGACUCUUUAUAACCCAGAGAGGACGAUUACAGUGAAGGGCUCGAUCGAAGCGUGUUGCCUGGCAGAACAGGAAAUCAUGAAGAAAGUGCGGGAGGCAUAUGACAAUGAUAUCGCUGCCAUGAAUCAACAGACUCACCUGAUCCCUGGACUAAACCUGGGAGCAAUCGGCCUCUUCCCGCCAUCCUCUGCCAUGCCUCCUCCUGCCCUUGGAAACUCCGUGCCUGGACCCCCCUAUGGCCCUAUUGGGGCCGCUGAACAGGAGACCGUCCACGUGUACAUCCCAGCCCAAGCCGUAGGAGCCCUUAUUGGCAAGAAAGGACAGCAUAUCAAGCAGCUAAGCCGUUUUGCUGGAGCUUCUAUUAAGAUUGCGCCAGCAGAGGCUCCAGACUCAAAAAUGCGAAUGGUCAUUGUUACAGGACCACCUGAGGCCCAGUUCAAGGCUCAAGGCAGAAUAUACGGUAAGCUGAAGGAGGAGAACUUCUUUGGCCCCAAAGAGGAAGUGAAGUUGGAGACACACAUCAAAGUUGCAGCUGCAGCAGCAGGAAGGGUCAUCGGAAAGGGCGGGAAAACUGUAAACGAACUGCAGAACCUCACCGCUGCUGAAGUAGUGGUUCCCCGAGAGCAGACCCCUGAUGAACACGACCAGGUCAUCGUCAAAAUCAUCGGCCACUUCUACGCAAGUCAGUUGGCGCAGAGGAAGAUCAGGGACAUUUUGACACAAGUCAAGCAGCAGCAGAAAGGAGGUACAGGAGGUACAGCAGGUACAGGAGGUACAGGAGGUCCACAGGGACCCAAUCCGCAGGGCAUGUCUGAGCUGGGGACCCCUCAGGGACAGGCACAAGAACCCAGGAGGAAGUGAGAGGCCGGGGCCGGGGCCGCUGCCCAGUCAGACGGACAGACAAAUGGGAGGACAAACGAGCGGACUGACUGAGAGAGAGAGUGACACACAGACCCAGCGGUAGACAGGGAGAAAUGAGCAGCAAAUUGAGAGGGAAUUAAAAAGAGAAGAAAAAAGACAAAAAAAAUGCCUGAGAGAGGGCGAAGAAGAAAGUUUAGUGAAAAUGAACAAGAAAAAAAGUGUUGUUUUUUUUUAAAAAGAGAGAUAACUAGAAAACAGAGACCAGAUGCCAGGCCAGGUGGAGUGACUGAGGAUGGCGAGGAGGUCCGUCAAAGCGGAGCGCCCUCUGGUGAGAGCUUUUUACAUAGCUGCUCAUUAGGAAUCGGGCGUAAUGAAGGUCCCUCAAAAGUGUGUUCGAGCUACUCGGGACCCUCAGCCAUCAGCAGUCACUUCAAAAUUUUAACUGUGUUUUUUUUAAAGAUAGAGAUAUAUGUAUAGAAAUGUUUAUUCAGAGGUAUUAUUAAUGAAAUGCAGUGAGGUAGAGAUGGGAAAGAGAGAGCAGAGGAUCAGUCACAAUUUUUGGAGGGCGGGGUCACCAAUCAGGUGACUUCUCCCUGCCUAUCAGAGAUGAGGGGAGGGGCCAAAGUUGUUAACACUGCUCUUGAAGUCCCUCACACUAAACUGUGGGGGUGACGAGAUGAAAAAAAAAGAAAAAAAUGAGGUUGUAAAUAUAAUCUUCAUGACUUUGUGUUGAGAUGCUGCACGUUUAACCGUCGGCAAUCGCGUACCUGGCUUAAGAGGGUUGCUGUGUAUUUCCAAGGCUUCCCUUUUAGGCUGCGUGCCGUUUGGCCGGCGGGACGUGCGGUGAGAGUUCAGUAAGCGUGUGGGCUAAAGGUGACCUCUGCAGUUGUAUUGCAGUGGCUCAGCUUUGAUGCGCGGAAACCCAUCAGUUCCGCCCUAAACCACGCCGGCGAUGAUCGCUGCAGCGCCGCUCACACCCAAACGGCAUAUUUUAUAUAUAUUAUAUAUAUAUGAUAUGUGAGUUAACCUGGCCCCUCGUUGCAGUGGAGCAGGCAGACGAUGAAAACGAGCGUACCGCAAUUUCUUUUUGAAACGUUUUCUCUUUGAGGAUUGUGUGAUUUUUGCAGAUUCACAAGUUUUUAAAAAGCAAUCGUAAAACCUGGCCUUCAGACGCAUUGUUCUGUGUUUUUCCUGAGAGUAAAUAUGCAGAGACAGAAUCAAGUGAGGACAGUCGGCUGGGAGGCCAGGUUUGAAAUGUCUGCCUUUAGGUCAAAGGUCAAGAACAGGUGACCGCAAAAUGGUUUCUGUGCUCUCUCUCGCCCACUUUGUUCGACAUUUGCCGAUGAGGUUGCCAGAGUCCUGGCCUUUCUCACUGAACCUAGAACAGAUUAGAUAAAAUGAAAUUAAGAAAAAACAAAAAACCUACCUCAGGGUAUUGUUACCUCAGUAUUCCUAAUUUCUUGUUUCUUUUCUUUAUUUUUUCCUUUUUUGCUUGCUUGCUGGUGUUUUUAUAUAAAAGCUGAUAGUCUUGAAUAUUUUAUUUUUUUAAGGAAGAAGUAUUUUCCUUUUUUUUUUUUCCUUUUCCUUUUUCUUUUUUGGUAUGACUGUAUGCGUGAGUGUAAUUGAGGUUUUUUUUCCUCACCUGAGCUCAGAAGGACUCCCUGGAAAAAUUAUGAAUUGUUUAGGUGGUCUCUCAGCCUGGGGGUCCUUGGAGAGUCGCACUUGAAAUCACUGUUCAAUGGGACGUAGGACGGAUCAUACCAUCUUUUACUGGUGCAUAAUGAACGUUGCUAGACCACAGGAUUUUAAGUUUGACGCAUAUGCGUGUGUUUGUCAUACAAGCUGACCGUAGAAUCUAAAAAUGGCUUCUUUUUCUACCGUGUGCCAUUGUUUUUGCACCUGUGGUGUGAUCUUGAUCAUUCUGCACUGAUGGAUUUGGAUGACUUACUUGAAAGGGCUUGACUUAACUCGCCAUGCUUGAAAAACGACAGCAUGUCGACAGUCUUUGUCCCCAAGACACUGAAUGUGAACCAUUCAACGUCUCUCUCCAUUUUUUUUUGGAUUGAGUCUCGUCCUUCCCCAUUGUCCUGUGCAAGUGUGCGCGAGUGUGUUUUCUAAUUGAGUUGAAGUGUUAAAUCUUUUUGUUGGGGAAGUGGUUUGGGUGUUUUAAAAAGGCAGGAACAUAGAAAAACACUCUAUGGCCUCGGUCAUACUCAUUUUUUUAAACUGACUGAGAACAUAUCUACAAGGUAUCUACGAAAAACGGAAGCCGAAAAAAUGUAGCGUAAAAGAAUCAAAUAAAAACAUUCACAUCUCUCCAAUUGAAACCUGUAAAUAAUUUGUUCACCGGAACAAUCGGAUAAAAAAAAAAAAGUUUGUAUUUUUUUUAAAUAAAAUACUAAUUGGAUAAAGGAUGGAAAGACUUUUAACCGUUAAAGAUGGAUGGACACUGCCAGACCACAUCCUUUUCAGGUUCCAUUCAGACGAAGGGUUUGCGAGCAUGUUCAUGUGCUUUAACCGGUCAAGGUCUUUUAUUUUGUUUUAUUUUAAUUUUUUUUUAAGCUUCCCUUUUUCACACUAGAUGGCAGUCUUCUGUUUUCUGCUUGAGGGUUGAUCUUGUCAAUGACUCAUCUCCAUGGAGACACAGUACUGUUCCAGCCCAUAGAUUUCUGUCGAGACACACUCACACACUUCUGCUCUGUUCAGACUGCAGCAGCCUUUUUGUUUUUACCUUUUUGUUUUUAUUUUUUUGACAGCAAGCAUUAUUUGGACAUGACAUCUGGUUGCGAACUGUUUCAUCAAUAAAAGACAAAAAAAUUUGUGAGCGAGAAAUAUUAACAUAACAGCAGAUCUCCAAGAACUAACAUAGUUGUGACAAAAAAACGAAGAAAAAAAAAGAAACGGAAAUAGUAGGUAUAUUAUUGUAAUUGCAUUUUUUGUUAUUUUGUCUCUUAUUAUUAUUAUUAUUAUUAUUAUUCUUUGGGUGAAAGGUAUAAGCGAUGAGAGGGAGAUGCCCUGGACAGUUUCAAUGGACAGGUGGGCAUUUUGUAAAGAUUUCAAAAGCCACAUUUGUCCCCUUCCUCUUUUCCCCCCCACGUGUUCUCACCUUUCAUCCCCUUCCACCACUCGCUACCUUCAUCCGCUCAUUUUAGUUUUGCGUUAUUAUCCGAUUCAAAAGAGACUUGGCGAGCGACGUGUCGUUUCAUUUCUGGAGUUGAACGCCCUCUCUCACGCUGGCCUCGUUUGUGACCGUUUUCUCUGUUCAGUUCAGUCGUUUGAUGUUGAAUUUCUUUGCGAUUUUUAUUUUUCCUCAUUCGUCGUUGUUUUGUUUUUUUUUAGUUUUUUUCUCAAAUUGUCUCCAUUUAGUUUGGAUUAUAGCUAGGUUUCUCCUCGAUCAGAGUUCUUUAUGCACAGACACCUCUUACACUGCUACUAGUUCAUUUGAAAUACUAACAAAUGAUUCAUUCUUCACGUAAUACCUGUGCCAAACUGGGGUUCGCUUUGUGUUUUGUCGUCGUACUCCAGGAAAAAGGAACUGAUUUAAGACUGUUCGCAGUCACGAACGGAUGCAGUGCUCAUAUAAUUAGACGGUUCCCCGAGUACUGCGAGUCGGCCUCCUGUUUGGCAUUCCGGAAGUGUUUUCUUCUCUUCUUUUUAUUUCAGUGUCCUCCACACGUUGUCGGUGGCGAGGGCUUGAACAAACCGUAGAACCGUUUAGCAUACUUGAGCUUCGAACAGAGAUAGUAUGUUGUUUACUUAUGCAAUUCUGUGACGAGUCAAAUGGAUGGCUGUCGUUUGUCACACGGACUGUUAAGCGUCCACUGGGAAAAGUUGCAUUGCAGUGCAUAGAUUUACAUGUAGACCACAGGUUGAAGCGCAGCUUAGUUGGGUGUGAUCAUCAUAUCGACGUUGCAUGCCACUGUUGUAUCUCACCGUGCUAGUUUCUGGCCUCUCCUUAAGGAAAUCAUUUGGGUGCUACAAAUGACGACUCAAACCUCACAUAACUAGGAACGCUACCUCAAGACUUAGCCAUAAGAUUGUUUUUAUCAAGCAGAUGAGAGCGAAAGUGCAUGUUACAUUUUACUUUUGAGUUUUAAUUUAUUUUUAGCUCUUCAUUUCUGUAGACAUUUGGAUAGAAUACUACUCCAGCUUAGAGCUGGGACUCUUUCGGGCGAGGUGGCAGGACAGGAAACGGAUGUGUUGUGUGACCGUUUGCACGGGACGAGGAACGUGGAAAAACCUGUGAAAUUCUGUUCGUGCACAAUUAAGCUAAACUUCUCGUUGUGACUUGUGGUGCAUUCAAAUCACGUCGGAGGAAAGGUCGUAUUUAUUGUAGUUUACUCACUCUCAAGCCAUCCGAGAUUUAGAUGAGCUUUGGAGAAAUUUAGCAUCACUUGCUCACCAAUAGAUCCUCUGCAGUGAAUGGGUGCCGUCAGAAUGAGAGUCCAAACAGCUGAUAAAAACAUCAUGGUAAUCCACACAACUUUAAACAGCAUGCGACUUGAAAUGCUGUGUGUUUGUAAGAAUCCAUCAUUAAGAUGUUUAUAACUUCAAAUACGAGUCCUCUAUCUAUAGUAUUGCUUUACUUUGUGGAUAACCUGUUGUUAUUGUGAUGUUUUUAAUUCUGACGGCACCCAUUCACUGCAGAGGAUCCGUUGGUGAGCAAGUGAUGAUAAAUUCCUCCAAAUCUGUUGAGAUGAAGAAACCAACUAUAUCUCGGCUGGCCUGAGGGUGAAUACAUUUUAAGCGAAUUUUCAUGUAAGCCCUUCAUUUUCAAGUCGGGGGCGUGUCGGGAAGGAAAUAUAGCAGGCGCAAUAGAUCGCAUGUUCAAAAUAAAGUAGUAUUGUACAAUUACAGCACCUUUAUAAAUUGGAUAAAAACACAAAGAUCUGAACACAUCUGAUGUGCAAGCUAAAACAAAUCUCUGUUUUUCAUAGAAAAGCUACAUCGCCAUCUUGCACCCGCCAAAGUGACUUGAACGCACCUGACGUGGUAAUUACGGCGUCCCAGCUCAUAAAUACAGGACUUGAGCGCACCAUAAACCCUGAUUAUUAUGAAACUAAUGGCACAAACGUUAACUAGGCCAGCAUUCGUAGAGUGACUAACGAUACCUCUGUAGACGAAACACACAACUGUGCCUGUUGCGCUAUUUCCUCUGUGUCCUUUCCCACUUCGAUGGCACCACACUACCUCCACGCCAUGCAGCCUUGACCCCAAAUACAUCCCUCCCCGUUUAGAAGCCCUUUUCUCGCCGAUCUUGAAAACCGUUUCACCUUCUUUCCUUUUUUGGUGAAACUAGAUUUAAAUCGGCAAUAAAGUGGCACAUCCUGCCCACAUUCUGUCCUCCACCCGUAGUCCCAUUUUUGACUUCACGGCCUGAAUCGAAAGGCAUGACACCUGUAACCAUGUGUUUUUAAUUUUUUCUUUUUCUUUUUUUUUUGUUGAUCUACCUCUUAGAAUAAAGACAAAAGGAUAGAACAGAUCAAAAAACUAAAAAAGGACACAAAAAGUAAAUUUUGAAAAUGUUAAGCUUAAUGAAUCAAUAAUAAUAAUAAUACACGACUUAAGCAACUGGGUAGCAGCAUCUCCAUACUGUAGUGCAUAGGAGUCUUUUACUUCCAAAGAUGAUUUUUCUUCAGUUGUUUUUGAAGUUGUUUAGGAUGAAUUUGGAAAUAUGGGCGGGGAAAUAAACAUGUCAGUUUCACUAUCCGAUCUCUUUUUUUUUUUUCAUUAUUAUUAAACUGACUUUAUUUUUAACUUACAAAUUCUUCAUCUUUCUAUUUGAUUUGUAUUUCUGAUGGCUUUUUAAAAAUGACAUAGGAUUGUAUCUCUUAUGUUUGCAAUAGAAUCAGCUCUCUUUCUCUGUGAACCGCAACAUAAUAGUAUCUUUUCAGGCCGCACAGAGCAGCAUGAUGUUGAAAUUGUUUUCAUUUUUAUUGUUUCAUUUCACCUGUAAUGAUGCAACAGGAGAGUGAAGGUCUGUUGAAUUAAAUGGGGCAUAUUUUAGGAGGAUGAGAGAGGAAGGAGACUACCUUUACCUGACUACCUUUAUCCUUUCACCCUUCUUACAGCAGGUGCCACAGACAUUAUCAGGACUUUCAGCCUCUGCCUGCCUGAUUUUCUUUGAUUCUCAUCCACAAUUGUUUUGAACUCCUUGUAAAGAAUACAGAGCAUAGAUAUGAAUGUGACAAUAAAAGAUGAGUAA